AUGUCUAGCGAAAAGAAGGUGAAGAAGGCCGGCAAGAAGUGGAAAGAGAUCCUUGAAGAACCACCCAAAGUAUCGGCAACUGAAUUAAUGAGAGAUCAUGAUUAUAUGGGAACGUUGGCCAAACAAGGAGGAUCUAUUAAAACAUGGCAUGAUCGAUUGUGUAUUCUACAUCAAGGAAAACUCUAUUACUAUGUCUCACAAAAAGACACCAAACCCAAAGGAAUGAUCAACAUUCAAGGUCUCACGUGUGAAGGCGUCGAAUUAUCCAAUUACAAAAAAAAAUAUGGAAUUAAAAUCAUUUCACCCCAUCGAACCUAUUAUUUGGCAUGUGAAGACAUGAAUGAACAAGAGCGAUGGAUUAAGGAAAUUAAUAAUUCAUCCAUGAGAAAUUCCGAUUAUCGAUUACAUGUUGUCGAUCCCGAUUCGACUGAAGAUUGCACAUUCCAUGAUUUACAAAAAGCCAUCGAUCAAGCCAAAGACGGAGAUCAUAUUGUGUUGCGAAGUGGAAUUUACAAACUCAAUGAAACAUUGAUGGUCAAAAAACCAUUAACGAUUCGAGGAGUGUAUCCAGAUAUGGAUCUCGUUCACAUUUGUUCGUGUGAAGGAGUCAAGACCAUUAUGAAGAUUGAUGCUUGGAAUGAAAAUUUAACAGUUCAAGAAUUGGAAAAACAGAGAUUAUUAGGAAUUGAUCGAAAUGUGGUUUGUGUGGAACAUUUGACAUUGACACAAAAUGCUUCGAAAGAUACCAUCUUGUUUUAUGAGAAUACCAGUUGUUUGGAAGUUGUUUCUGGAAUUUGUAAAUUGGAUCAUGUCGUGAUACGAGGUGGUUAUGGAAAUGGAAUUGUUGUAAAUAAUCGAUUGAGGAAAAAGGCAGAAGCACCUGUCAAUGGUGUAACGACGACGACGAUGACAUCCAACUCGGGGACUUCAUCGUCGAGCACAGAUGCUCCAAUUCACACCUCCGAUGAAAAUCAAUUACAGCUUGAUCAAGCUGCUCAACAUUCCUCAAAUUCUUCGUCAUCAUCUCCAUCGUCAGACAUGCCAGUGAAAAAACCUCCAAUAGAACCUACAAAACUCAUGGUUUCUGAAUGUCACAUUGAGUGUAACAAAAUUCAUGGAAUCAAAUUUUGUGACGACUCUCAAGGCGAAAUUAGCAAAUCUAUAUUCCAAAAGAAUGAGGGACAUGCCAUCAUUUGUAUGAAUGAUUCUGAUGUGAAAAUAGAGAGGAGCGUAUUCAGUAAUCAUUCAAAGAAUGCCAUUUAUUUGCAAUCAACAAAAACAAUUACAGUGUUUAAAAACAAAAUGCAUGCAAAUGGGCUAGCAGGAAAAGCUCAUAUUGGAGUAGCAGCGGACGCAGCACCAUGUGCUUCUGAAGAGAAUGAAUUUUUGUAG